AUGUCCUCGCUGCGCGGCAUCCGCCAGCCCGAGCUCUCCAAGAAGCUGUACCAGCUGAUCAAGACGGAGAACCACGCCAUCGGCGCCUACGAGCAGGCCGGCAAGGAGACGCAGAGCAUCGCCAGCCAGCUGAGCGAGUGGGGUGAGAGCACCGAGGAUGAUGCUGUGAGCGAUAUCUCGGACAAGUUGGGUGUGUUACUAGCGGAGAUUGCGGAGCAGGAGGAUUUGUUUGCGCAGAACAUGGAGGAGAGUAGGACGGUGCUGAAGGGGAUUCGGAAUACGGAGGCGAGUGUGCAGCCGACGAGGAGUCAUAAGCAGAAGAUCCAAGAUGAGAUCCAGAAGCUCAAGUACAAGGAGCCUGAGUCGACGAAGCUUGUCACGCUGGAACAAGAGCUCGUCCGCGCCGAAGCCCAGAGCCUUGUUGCAGACGCUCAGCUGAGCAACGUCACUCGCCAAAAGUUCAAGGAGGCCUAUGACCUGCACACCGCCGCCAUCAUCGAGCGUGCCGAGAAGCAGAUCCUCCUGGCGAAGCACGCCCGUACAUUGAUCAACCUCCUCGAUGACACACCAAUGGUUCCAGGCGAGGACCGCCAGCCUUUCCCAAGGGCUGAGGAGGCACGGGACCUUCUCAACGACGCUGAGGACUCCCUCAGAAGGUGGCACCCGGACAUCGAGCCCAUCCACACGUCGGCGAGCAAGCUUGGUGCCAACGCCAUGGCCACGCAGAACUUGCCCGACCGAACUGCCGGCACUGAGCCUGGCUUGACUGUCGACCAGCAGCGCGUGGAAGCUCUGGAAAAGGCACAACAGGCGGAAAUCGAGCCCCCGUACCCUACCGCCGAGAAGACGGAGCAUGCGGCGCUUGCGUCGUAG